CGCACUGAGAGGUGCUGCCUGUGGGGAGGAGGGAGCAUGGCCCCACAGUGGACCCUUCUCCUGGUCCUAGUGACUCUGCUGGCAGCGCCGGAGACGGAACAACAUGCCACCAACGACAGAGGAUAUUCCUGGUAUCCAGAGCAGUGCACCAAGCCGCAGUGGGACAACAGACUUCAGUGGGACUACAGACUUCAGUUUACACCAGACAGAGACAGUUAUGGGGUGAAUGAGGAACUGCAGCUGACCUGCCCUGGACAUCUCAAGCCCUCCUUCAGCAGCAUCAAAUGUGUAAAGCAAUUCCAAGAAUCAAGUCCUAUAACACAAUAUGUCUGGAUGUGGAGGAACAGCGCAGCUGCCUGGAUCCGCAUAGAAGGGGCCGUUCAGUGUGUUGAAACGUGCCAAAGGCCCCGGUGGGAUACAGAACUCCAUCUGGCACCAAACCUGGAGGAGUACAGCAAGAACGAAGAAGUGAUGCUGAGCUGCCCCGAGGGUUUACAGCCAUCCUACACCCGUGUCAGAUGUGCAGGGGGAAAUGGGGCUUUGGAUUAUGCUGGAUCUGUAUAUAGAGACACGUGGCUGGGGUGGAGCAGCUUUGGAACCUGGGUCCGCAUUGAGGAGACUGUGCAGUGCCUUGAGCAGUGCACCAAGCCGCAGUGGGACAACAGACUUCAGUUUACACCAGACAGAGACAGUUACAGAGUGAGUGAGGAGCUGCAGCUGACCUGCCCUGGACAUCUCAAGCCCUCUUUCAGCAGCAUCAAAUGUGUAAAGCAAUUCCAAAAAUCAAGUGCAGUAACACAGUACGUCUGGAUGGGGAAGAAGGUCUCUGGUGCCUGGAUGCUCAUUGAUAAGAACGUAUCAUGUAAAGGGAAAUGUCAGAAGCCACAGUGGGAUUCCAGGAUUCGUUUUGUCCCAGACCAGGAAUUCUACAACUUCAAUAAAGCGGUGACACUGACAUGCCCUAAUGGGUACUGGCCUUCUGCCAUGGAGAUCACUUGUGUGAAGCCAAGACCACACCAAAGCCUCCCAGCUCCUCAGAGCAUCUGGUUUAUGAAGAACAGCACAGGCUUAUGGCCGUUGGCAGUGGGAUACACGAGAUGUGUGGAGGUGCUAGAAGUUGUCCCUGCGACCCUGGAGGUUUCCAGCACCAGCAUCAAACUGAACUGGACCUGCAGAUUCCCUGAUGCCUGCCAGCACGUGCAGGCCACAUGCCGGCUGGCAGGGCCUUCCUCACCUCCUUGUACGGCUGAGGAGGUCACUGGAGUGGAGCUCCUACACGGACAGAGGGGAACAUUCACCUGUCCUCCCCUGCAGCCCUUCACUGACUACACUGUCACCAUCUCGGUGCCCCCCAGCACAGUCCUGUUUUCAUGGAUGAUCAGGACAAAAGAAACAGUGCCGCAGAAGCCGGAGCAGCUGCAGCUGGAUGCCAGCACGGGGACCCUCAGGUGGAAGGCGCUGCCCUCCUGCCAAGGGGAGAUCGUUGGGUACCAGCUGAACGUCACGGCCAGGGCCUUGCAGGACGGCGGCUUCCUGCAGAUCGAGCGGCUGAGGCUGAGCAGCCAGACCACGGAGCACCCAUUGCCCGCGUACGGCCCCGGCACCACAUAUGCGGUGGCCGUGCGGGGCCUCACAGCCGUGGGUCCCGGAGCUGCAUCGCAGUUUCACACCAGCGGCUCAGAGACGCCCGAUGGCUGCUCCCGCCUCCUGCUCGAUACCUCUCCAUCUCAGGGCACCGCCGUGCUUCCCCUGCACCCCAUCUCCCAGCGCCCUGAGGCAGCGAGUGAGCACCAGCUGCUCGUGGCGGUGACACACAACAGCACGGUGCUGGAAGACGCCUGCUCGGGGGAGCUGCAGCCCUCCAACCACAGCCACCCUGCUGACCCCUACGUGGCCGCCGUGCUCAACCUCAGCGCGCCCACGGACUUCGUGCUGGGUGACGGGGCCCGCGGGCACGGCUUCCACAACGCUCCCCUGCACCCAGGAUGGGAUUACACCGCCCUGCUGCGCCUCGCCCGGCGCUCACCGCAGGCGGAGACAUUCACCUGCGUGUGCUACAGCUUCUCCAUGGGGCAGGAGUCAAUUCCUCUGCUGCACAGACUGCCUGUGCUGAUGGCAUUUGUGCUGGCCGCUGUAGUCUUGGCACUGGGGAUUUUCCUGCUCCCCCUGUUCGUCAGGCAAAAGUGCAACAGAUCAGACACCUCUGAGAUCAACAGCAGUAUCCCCCUCCAGAAGUGUCGCAGAGGUGCCAGUAAUCUGAGCACACUGAUCCUUGUGGAGGAAUUGCUGGAUGCUCUGAAGAGGCUUCAAAGGGCAGAGAUAGAGGCAGAGCAGAUGGAGGAUGAAUCAGCUGACAGGCACGAUGCAGGGCGUCUGGGCGAGUACCAGAAACUGGCUUCCUCCCUCUGCCACUCCUGCAAUGCUGGGAAGGAACUAUGUAACGAGGGCAAGAACCGCUACAAGAGCAUCAUUCCGUACGAUCACUGCCGUGUGGUGCUGCAACCCUCUGACACAGGGAAUGACUACAUAAAUGCCAGCUACGUGGAUAGCUACCGGAGCCCGCGCUUCUUCAUUGCUGCUCAAGGCCCUUUGCCUGGGACAGUGGUGGAUUUCUGGCAGAUGGUCUGGCAGGAGAAGACUUCAGUCAUUGUGAUGCUGACAGGCUUGGUGGAGCACAACAAGAUCAAGUGCGAGCAGUACUGGCCAGAGCAGCAGCAAGUAUAUGGGGACUUCACUGUAACACUCAACAACACCAGGACCACCAUGGGCAUUGUUACACGUGUCUUCUGCCUGCAGAAGGCAGGAUACGCUCUCCCAAGAGCAGUGGAGCAGUUUCACUACACGCAGUGGCCAGACCAUGAGGUGCCCAGGAACCCUGCCCAGCUGCUGUGCCUAGUGGAAAUGGUGAACAAAAGUGGAUCAGAAUCUCCUGCGGGUCCUGUGCUGGUGCACUGCAGUGCAGGGAUCGGGCGAACAGGCACCUUCAUUGCCCUGGACUUCCUCCUGAAGAUGGCAAAGGCUGAGGGAAAGGUGGAUGUGUUCCACUGCGUGCAGAAGCUGCGGGAGCAGAGGGUCUGUAUGGUGCAGACCAAGGAGCAGUAUGCCUUUUUGUAUGAGGUGCUGCUAGAAGGCUUGCUCUGUGGCUGUACUGGGGUGCCAGUGGAGAGAGUUGCCAGUCACAUCAGCUGCCUCCAAGGAGCUGAGAUCCAGAGCCAGAACAACAUCCUGGAGAAAGAGUUCAAGGCAGUGCAGAAAUUUUCUGAGUUGUUCCAGCUCCUGCCGUGCAGAGAAGCAGAGAAACCCAGCAAUCAGCCCAAGAACCGCAAGCCAGGGAUCCUGCCAGCGGACUCCUUCAGGCCCAUCCUGAUGUCCUCGCUGAACGCAGACGGUUCGCCAGGCUACAUCAACGCCGUGUUUGCCAAUACAUACAGCAAGGAGGACAGGCUGAUCAUCACCCAGCUGCCCUUCUCCAGCACACUGGUGGAUUUCUGGGCUCUGGUCUGGGAUUACACCUGCACCUCGGUGGUUGUGCUGAACCAGCUCCAGGAGCUGGACAAGACAUAUGUGGAGAUCUGGCCCACCCAGGGCAAAGCCAUCCAUGGCCAUUUUCACAUCCAGUGGAUCUCUGAGGAGGCUGGAGCUGGUUUCACAGUCCGGACACUUGCACUCACCAAUAGGCAGCAGCCCAAGAAAUCUGCAAUGAAAGUCCAUUUCUGGCAGCUGGAGGACUGGCCCAUGCAGCACCGUCUUCCCCCACAUCCCACCACCAUCAUCAGCCUGCUAGGGAAGGUGGAGACACACCAGCGGCAGAGCCAGGAUGGACACAUCCUCAUCACUUGCUGGGAUGGUGCCAGCCGGAGUGGGAUCUUCUGUGCUGCCAGCUUCCUGUGUGAGCAGAUCCAAAGCGAGGGGCUGGUUGAUGUAUCUCAGGCUGUGAGGAUGCUGAAGAGGCGGCGGAGGCAGCUGAUUAAAGAUGUGGAGCAGUAUGGGCUGUGCUAUAAACUAGCCCUCAGUUACUUGAAUUCAUUUGAAACCUAUGGCAAUUUCAAGUAAGAGACGUGGUCACAGCCCACCUCUGGCCAGGACUUCAACCUUCUUGUGGAAGCAAUGGAAACCAGAGGAGAUGUGCACAGCCCCAGGAUCACAAAAUCAUUAAAGUUGGAAAGACCACUGAAAUCACCUAGUCCAACCAUGCUUUACUCUUCCCAUAAGCCACCCUAAGGGCCAUCUGCAGCUAGACAAUAACAGGCUGGACUGUCUCCAAAUUGUAGACAGAAUUUCAAACAUGAACAUGGCUCUUUGCCCAGAGUUUUGGCAGGACUUUACUUGGCACCACAACAUGAGUAUGCUAAGCAGAGGAUAGGCACCAGGCCUUGAUGUGUACAGGCCAAGGAUGCAAAGAACUAACUUUCCCAUCCAGUCUCCCCUUCAGACAUCCUCAGUGAAAGUGGGGUAGCUGCACUAAUGCCCCAGUUGUGCUCCAUCAGGAGCACCAAACCACCGUGAGAUCUCCUGCAGGGCUGGAGCACAGGCCAUCUGUCCUGCUUUGGGGGAAGCAGCAAGCUUGUGCCCAAGAAGAGCCAGGGAAGGGAUAAUCCACAGUCCCACAGGGAUGACCUAUUCCUUCCCACACCACUCAGUCCAUUCCUGCUGCUGCAUCUUCCCGAUGCUGGUCCUCCAGGUGCCACAGCCCUGACAGUGCCAGAGAGGCUCCCUUACAAACCUGCCUGCCCCACCGUGGAAAUCCAAAUUGAAUGUCCAUACUUUGAACGUUGUCCAGGAGAGGCUGCUGCACCACACUGUAGAAUGUCUGUCAGGACUCACCCCAUAGCUCUAUCUGUGUAUCACCAAUAAAGGCUCUGUGAUGGCCUCAGUGGUGGUGGUGAGCUCUGAUCUCCACUUUUCUUCCAGGUUUGAUCUGACAUGGGGGCUACAAAGAAACACGGGCCCUCAGCUCUACCCACAGUGUUUGCACAGAACACAGUUCCACCCAAGAUGUGUGCUGGCAUCAUCUCAGCAAGACACAGUUCUGUCAACACCCCACAGGGAGCACAGCUCCCUAUGGGCAAUGAGGGGACGAGGCAGGAGCUGUAGCAUGGCAGGCAGCCUCCUCCAAACUUCAUUUAUUGGUUUUCAGGACAGGGCAGACAGGUUGGCAAGGGCAAUGCAGUCACAUCAAGCUCAAGCAGAGCACUGGGUUUGAGUGGAUUUCAGCACAGGGGGGAGAUUGAGUGAGGAACCCAGGACAUGGCAGAAGCACAAAGCAUCCUUCAGCCCGAACCCCUCUGGGAAUUUCUGUGUACAAUGAUCACAGUCAAGAAAACAAAGGCAAAGUCUAAAAAAUGAAACUGCAGAAAAUACCAUUGAAAAAUUACAGAACUUACAAGGGUAAAUAAAA